AGCGGCAGAUUCCGGGUCUGCGGCGGCUGCGCAAAUAGAACGAAAUUUCCGACAUUAGCGCACCACUGAAGAAGAGAAUUGUCCCUCGUUUCCGAAUAUACUGUUCCAGGAUCAGUGCGACACAGCUAAAAAGCGAGCAGUAGCCGGGAACGACAACAGUUAAAAACGGAGAGAGGCUUUUUAGUCAAAGUCCUAACUCUUACGCGGAGAAAAUGUCAAGAUGUCUUCAGAGGAAUAGAGAAUAAAAGGUGACCAGCAGCAGCAUCACUGACCAGGAAGAAGGAGGGAUGGAGGGUGACCCCAGCAAGGACAGCGAUGGCCUGCACGAGGUGCAGAUGGUGGAGGUGGCCCUGGAGGCGCCACUGGUUGAGAUCGUGGAAGUUCUGCAUAAAGCCCAGAGUGAGGGACUGGGCCAGGCGACAGUGGUGGCCCUGGGCCAGGCGACGGUCGAAGGGCUGGGCCAAGCACUCGUUGCUGGGGUGAGCCAGGCACAGGUGGAGGCGGUGUCCAACGGGCAGGCUGCGGAGCAGAUGGUGGUGAGCGACGACGGGACUGGCACCCUCCUGAAGAUGCCCUUUGCUGAGGUGGCGUCGCUUCUGGACCCUAACAUGAAGAGCUCCAAGGCGCUAAAGUACCAGAUCCACUAUGAGGAGGUGAAGAGGCGGCUGGAGGCGCCCGAGAAGAUGUCCCUGCGCUCGCUGGCGGCCUACACCCGUGUGAGCCGCGGGCCGGCCAGCAGGAAGGCGCUGCUGGAGGCACUCGGCUCGUUUGGGCUGGCGCCCAGCACCACCACCGCCGUGUCCAGCUCCUUCUCCAAACUGACGGAAGGUGACACGGCUGCCCUUUGCAAGGACGUGAAAGAGUUUGCUUCCCAGUACAUGGAUUAUGACAAUGUGGCAAGGCAGCUGCUUCCCGAGACCAAUCAGGUGCAACACUGGUCCAAAAUCAUCGAGACACGGAACUAUCUUGAGGAAAUGAGGAAGUCAUUCCAUGACCCGGUGAACAGCAGGACGUUUAACAACGCGACUCAUGGCUUUGGGGCUGGCAUGAUAGACGUGGCCUUUGAGAUGAUUGACCGUGUCAUCGAUAAGCAGAUACGGAUCCUCUCGGGGGAGGUGGAUCCUAAGGAGACCCAGGGUGGGGACACCAGGGCGAGGAAGCGACGACCCAGGACCAAGAGCGACAUCAAGGCCAAGACCAGAUGUGCCAAGGUCAAGAAGGAAGAGAGUCAGGGGGACAAAAAGACAAAAGCCAAGACAGGGAACCGGAAGCGGUCCAAAGAGCCAGAGGCGGUUCCUGAGGUUCAGCCGGAGAUGGAGAGCAGUGUUUUAACUCUGGUCUCCGUAGGUUAUGAGACCAUCUCCGGUGGUCUUGAGCCUGGAACGACUGGUGUGGCCUAGCGAGUGUGCCCUAGCCAGUGUGCCCUAGCCAGUGCGCCAUAGCCAGUGCGCCCUAGCGAGCGCGCCCUAGCCAGUGCGCCCUAGCCAGUGCGCCCUAGCCAGUGCGCCCUUGCGAGUGCGCCCUUGCGAGUGUGCCCUAGCGAGUGUGCCCUAGCCAGUGCUCCCUAGCCAGUGCGCCCUGGACCACGAACUCCUUGUCCUUCCUGGUGGCACAGACACUUUUUUUAAAAAAAUGUUUUUUCGUUUUAUUUUUCAGCCGUUUUUCAGAAGUUAAAUGACAAGCGGUUUCUAGCCGAGCUGUUUGAAGUCAGAUACUUGCCUUUUUGUAAUGUCAUGUUUGUUCUUUUAAUGGCUGGUUUUGCUGGAUCUCGGAGACUGCUGUGUUAUUUUUUACUCCCCAAAAUGACGCACUAUGGUUUCUGUCAGUGAUGUGGCCAGUUCCUUGUCCUAUUAGCGACGCUCAGGUGGUGUUGUUGCCUUAGUGGAUGGCAUCUUCAUGCAUUAAAACAUGCAUCUGUGACGCCGGA